AGCUGGUUGUUUUAAAUAUUUAAAUAUCAAAUUUGUAAAUAUUCUUCAGUAAUGAUCCCAGCGGACUUUUUGACCAGAGAUAUCGUCGAAGAUAAUUCUCAAGUUGCGGUUAUACAUGGUGGUAACCAAAAUACACCAUGUGGGGAAAAGGCCUUACUAAUGGCCCCAAAAGUAAGGCUUAGUAGUGGUUACGAAAUGCCUGUUUUGGGAUUUGGAACUUACAAGCUUCGUGGAUAUCAAUGCUCUGCAGCGGUUCAUUGCGCCAUUGAGACUGGUUUUCGCCAUUUCGAUACUGCAUAUUAUUAUGAGAACGAGAAAGAGAUCGGAGAAGCUCUUCGCACUCAAAUUAAAAUGGGGAAUAUUUCCAGAGAGAAUAUAUUUUUAACAACCAAGCUAUGGAAUACCCACCAUGAUCCAAGAGACGUUCGCCGUAUAUGCGAAAAACAACUUGAGUUGCUCGGAUUUAGUUACAUUGAUUUAUAUCUAAUCCAUUUUCCUGUGGGCUACAAGCACGUGUGCGAUGAAAUUCUGAGGCCCAUGUCAGGAGAUCAAUUACAAACGGUUGAAAUCGACUACUUAGAUACUUGGCGAGGAAUGGAAAAUCUUGUUAAACUAGGAAUGGUUCGAAGUAUUGGGUUAUCAAACUUCAAUAUGGAACAGAUUCAACGGAUAAUUCAGUGUAGCUCUUCUAAGCCAGUAGUUAAUCAAGUUGAGAUCUGGCCAGGCUUUUUACAAAAGGACUUGGUUGAUUAUUGCCGUUACAACGGAAUUAUUGUGACAGCCUUUUCACCUCUUGGUCAACCAAACAGAGAAAAUCAUUGCCCAGUUUAUUUCUUUUCAGAAGGUAUGAAACGAUUGGUUAAUAAGUACAAGCGUUCUGCAAGUCAAAUUGUCUUGCGAUAUUUGAUCGACUACGGAGUAGUUCCCAUACCAAAAGCUGCAAACCCAAUACAUAUAAAAGAAAACUUGAAUAUUUUUGAUUUUAUGCUAGAUGAUGCGGAUAUUCGGUUACUACGUGGUAUAAAACCUAAAAGCCGAAUAGUAAAAUACGAAAUGGUAAAAGAUCAUAUGUUCUACCCCUUUGAACUCUUAAAAGAAAACAAUGAAGAGUCAGAAGUUAAAGAGCCUCAGAUUAAAGAACCAAAAUUGCCAUACAUUCCUAAUGCAGACGAAGAAGAAAGGGAAAAUAAUGAAAAUUAUGAAUGAAAAUUAAAUUGAUUUUAAACUUCAAAAAUACAUAUAAGCAUGUAGUGAUAAGUCGA